UUAAAGCACAAGGAGUGACGGGGUGUGAUUGCAUACCGCAGGUUGAUAGACAGGUGUCCAGACGUAAACUCUGUUGUGCUUGUGUUGUUUGCUGUGAAUUCAGUGGAGGUGAAGUUACAAAAUGAGCAGGUAUUCAUACCAGUCCAAGACCACCAGCUCCAGUCAGCUGGUCGACAGCAAGAAGUCACCGAGCCUCCUGAAAGACAACAGUUGGAUCAGAAGAAAUGACGAGGAGGAUGAUGAUGUUGACCGCGACCCAAACUUCGGCAGAUCUGUUCUGAGCCACUACAAAACCGGUGAUACUGUAACCAGUUCUGAUGGUGAAGAAACAAAAACCACCACAACCAUAAGCAAAUCUUCGUCUGUGCAUGCUCUCUCUAAGAGAUUCAGUGGACAAUUUGAUACACCGAGUAGCAGCACCCUGCCUUCCAGCAGGAGCUCAUCCACCUACACCAGAAGCAGCAGGACAUCUGUCACUGAGGAACCAAAGACAAGCACCACAACCACUACUUUCUCCAAAGAUGGAAAUACCACUGAAACUACCACCAUCACCACCACCCAAAGUGUGAGAUCCCCCACCAAGACUGAUACCUUCAGUGAGCGGGUCUUGUCUUCAAGCAAUAGAUACUCAAGUUACUCACCUAACAAAACAACGAAAGUGACUGAAACAACCCUUUCCAGCAAUGAUGCAGAGGACAAACUUUUUGACACCCUCAUCCCCUCGUCCAUCAAGGAUGAUUAUUCACCUACAGACAGUAAAAGAUCCUCCUCUACAACUGAGACUGUGACAGUGCGAAGCAGCAGUGAUCUCAAUGCUGAGAACAAUCUCUAUGAUACACUCAUUCCCAAGGCGAUACAAGAUGGCGAAACAGAGAGCAAGACAACUGUCACCAAUAGUGAAUGGAGAAAAAGCAGCACUAAUGGAGAUAUUACCAAAACUACACGCACCUCAAGGACUUCCUCUUCAGCUGAAGAUGGACUGUAUGACACCCUCUUGCCUAUGGGCAUUAAAUCUCCUACCAGAGACGAAAGCCCAACUCUGUCAUCACCAUCCUACAGCAGCAGAGUCAGCAGGUACAGCAGCUCAUACGGUGAUGAUUCUCCCACCACCCGCACCACCUCUUACACCAUCAGCUCCAAGCCCAGUGAGGAUUACAGCAGCAAGACCUACUCUUACUCCAGCAGGUCAGAUGACAAUAUGGGAGACUCAGUCUACUCUAGAUCAUCCUCCACCAAGAGUGUGUAUGCACCUCCUGAGCGGACGGUGCUUGAGAGAGACCUGUGCUCUUCCUGCCGUAAACCCUUCACUAGUGAUGCCAAGAUGGUUCUGGAUGACAUGAGGAUCAACUGCCACGCUAACUGCUUCAAAUGCGAGGUGUGUAACUGCAGUCUGGGCCAUCUGAAAGCUGGGGACAUCAUGUGGAUCUACAAACGAAUGGUGCACUGUGAGAACUGCUUUGAGGUCACCAGAGAUAAGUGGCGACGCUGAGUUUCCCCCAAAACUUCCCAUGGAGAUCCAGCAAUAAUGAUCAAAGAUACAAUGAUUAACUGUUAAUAAGCAUGUUUUGGGUGGCACUGAUUCUCCUCUAUUUCAGUUUAAACAAGCUGGGUGAUAUUAAUCUGGGUGUUUUUGUAAUUGCCAGUUGCAUUACAAGUAUAACUUUUUUGAGUGGCACCAACUAUAGCUGCUUUGUAUCUGUGUUGUAUUUACUCUAUCAUAGGUGGGAGAUAGUAUUUCUGAUAGUAUACUGUCUGUAAAGAGACUUUUGUGUGAUAUAUUGAAAAGAGAUUGGAAUAUUUAGGGCCGGGGGCUUUUUCUGUGUGCAAUAAACCUUUUUAUCUAAA